AUGCGGCCAUUGGUUCUCACCCUGGUCCUUGGACUGGCCUCGGCCGCCGUUCAAGGAAACUUUCAGCCACCCAAUAGUGGCAUUCUCCAAGAGAGAACGCUGGGCCUUGACGAAAUCCUUGGAGAUAUUUCUUCCGGCGGGCUCCUAGGCCUCAAGGCCCAAAAGAUUGCCUUCUUGUGCAAGUUGGUGGAUAAAGCGGAGAGCAUUGCCGGGUUUGUUGGCGGCCUGAAGCUUGAGAGCCACUUGAAGAAGAAGCUCGAGUUUUUCCUCAAGGACAAGUGCAAGAAAACCACCGAGACUCAGCCACCACCAUCAACUUCUGUGCCGCCGCCCGAAUCCCAAACUUCCCCUUCGACGACUUCUUCUCCUCCAGAGACAUCAUCACCAAGUACACCUCCCCCAGAAACAAAGACGACUCCCCCAGAGACAAAAACGACUCCUCCAGAAACAAAGACGACUCCUCCAGAGACAAAGACAACUCCUCCAGAGACAAAGACGAGCCCUCCUCCGGAAACAACGCCGCCCAAGGAGACCACCCCCACUCCGGAAACGACGCCUCCCAAAGAAACUUCUCCCCCGGCACCACCUACAGAAACUACCCCUACCCCGGAAACAACGCCUCCCAAGGAAACUCCUCCUCCCCCAGCUACAACUCCCGAGACAGAGACGAGCCCUCCUCCGGGAACAACACCACCCAAGGAGACCACACCUGCUACCCCGGGAACGCCUCCCAAGGAAACCUCUCCUCCAGGAACUACACCUCCCAACGAGACCACCCCUACCCCGGAAACUACACCUCCCAACGAGACAUCUCCUCCUCCGGAUACGACGCCUCCCAAAGGCCCAGAGAGCAGCUUCAUCACCAAAACAACACCCAAUAACAGCCCUCCCCCGGUCACGUUGCCGCCACCCACGCCAACCACUGCACCGCCGACCACACCGACGAUCACAGAAUGCAUCGACGUCACCACUGCCAUCCCCCCAUGCGCCACCGGCUGCUUCUCCUCGGCUGGCUCCCAGGUCGGAUGCAGUGAUAAGGACUUUGGGUGCUUCUGCAAGCCCGGCUCGCAGGAACAGUUGUCCAUGCUUGUGCAACAAUGUGUCUCGACUGCCUGUCCGCCCGAGUCUGCCACGUCUGUCAGCAUGGGCGUCAGCUCAGUGUGCUCCUGCUUCCCCAACCCGCCCGUUCCAACAAACACCGGAGUGCCUCCCACACCGUGUACUCCGGGAAGCGGCGACGAUUGCACCCAGACCAAGCCUCAGCCCGAGCCCACUACCCCAGGUGUCCCUCCAGGCUGUACUGGCGGUGAAGGCGACUGCAGUGCAAGUCCACCCAAACCAGGCGUCACGACGACCCCGUCGCAAGGAAUGCCGUGCCCCAUUGUAAAUGGCACCGGAAUCGACUGUACGAGACCUACUUCGCCUCCAGUCGUUACGGCUGCAGCGGACAGGUUCAGUUUCGGCCUUGUUGAGUGCGUCCUGGGAGGCGCUGCGUGGCUCGCUCUGGCUCUGUAG